CGGUGGUAUAAAAGGUUGUGGACUCCACCCUGUGGAUCAGUCAGCCUCUGUCGCUCCUCGUGUCACCUCAUCCACGCUCUCAAACACCUCAGUUACUGAGUCAUCAUGCCAACCAGCGCCCUCGCCCCCUUCAUGUACCAGCUGCAGGAAGGUCUCCGUAAUGUUGACCUAAAGCACUGGGUCAGUCAGCUGGACUUUAAGACGGCGGGUGUCCUGGCACUGAUAGUCGUGGGGAUCGUCCUCUUGCUGAACCUGGUAACGAAGUCUUAUCUUCCCUACGGCAGGAGUCUCUUGUCCUCCGCCGCCCACGCCUGGGACAGCAGGGAUCAACUGGGGCUUGGUCCUGCCCUCCGUGGAAGCCGUUCCUUGGAGCCUUUUACAAAUGUCCUCGACGCCCUGGCGGAGGCGGUGAAGAAGUGGGAGGAGCCUGAGGACAGCGCCGUCAGGAAUCGUGCUCUCUGAAGCGGUCAGAUGAAGAAUUCUUGUUACGAGAAACGUCAAUGAAGAAAUAAAAAAGAAACCAAAGACACAACAGCCAGAGGUCUUGAACCGUGAAGUUGAUGAUGACAAGUCAACUUGAAAUAGCCAACAAUGUUAGACGAACUUGAUUUCAGAUCUGAUUCGAAGUAACCAGAUGGUUACUUGGAACCAGAUGGUGCAGUAGCGUCCCUGCAGCUGGUCACUCGUGUUGAUAAACUGUUGCUAUGUAGUAACUCAGGGCACCACCUUAUGUAAUUGUUCGUAACACUCAUGUCUUUUAUAUCAUUUAUUUAUUUUUUUUACAUAAAUUUGAUCUAAAUCA